AUGAAGGUCUUCACCACCCCAACAUCCCUUGAUCGUGUACUUGAGCCGUCACCGGACAUGAAAGAGUCAGUGAUGGCCGUGGAGAAGAUCGUAGACUACAACUUCAAGAACAAGAAGCUUCUAGAAGAAGCUCUCACCCACCCCUCCGUCGCUGGGUCCGCUUCCUAUCAACGCCUCGAGGUCCUCGGCGACAGCGCUCUAAACCAUGCAGUGACCAACUACUUCUUUUGUAUGGCUGACCACCAAAAGUUCACCCAAGGCCAAAUCACUAAGCUACGCUCCGCCAAUGCUGAGAACCUCAACCUUGCCCGCAUUGCCGUUCGUCAUGGGCUUUAUCGCUACCUUCGCCGCCAAAAUACAUCUGAUCUUGAUGUUCAGGUUGGGAAGUUUACUGAAGCUGUAAUUAAUGAAGAAGAAGAGCUGGGGCUUGUAUAUUGUAAGUCUGAAGAAGCCAAGGUUCUUGCAGAUAUUGUUGAAUCCGUGGCAGCUGCUGUUUACAUCGAGUUGAAUUUUGAUCUCGAUAAACUAUGGAUGAAAUUUAAGCCUCUUUUGGAGCCUAUAUUUACUCUUGAAAACUUGCAAGUUGACCCCAGGACAGAAUUGAAUGAGUUUUGCCAGAAGAACCGGAAGCGCUAUGAAAUCAAGCUGCGGCCGAGACAUGAGACCCGAGAUGUAAGUAUUGCUGAUGUCUAUGUUGAUGGCGAGUUUGUUGCCUCAGGUUGGUCUAACAAGAAGAAAUUUGCAAAGCGUAACGCUGCUAAAGAAGCUGUAAAUAAGUUGUUUCAAUCGGUGGUUGUUGACGAUGGGUCGUUCCGAGGUAGUGCAGUUGGAAACAACAUGUCAUUUUGUAUUGAAGAAGCGAUUCAUGGGUUGCAUGUGCUUUGUGUCAAGAAGAGGUUGCCUAAACCUCCAGAAUACAAAGAAGAGAACGUGUUUGGUCCUCCACAUGAGAAGAAAUAUGUAUACUCAGUUAAAGUGGUAACUUCAGAUGGUACCGUGCUAUCUGUGACGGGAGAUGAAAAGUCAAGGAAAAAAAAAGCGAUGAAUUCUGCAUCUUACAAGAUGAUCCUUGCUUUACAGCAAAGAAGCUAA